ACUCGGGUUCGGCUCUACCGAUCCUAAGCUUUCAUCUCAGACGCUUCUUCAAGGGAGAUUUAAGGAGGAUCUCAAGCGCCAGCCGCCGCUCCCCCCGGUGCUCGCCCGCCCCUCGCCCACGGGAGACGUCUCCGGGGCGGGCGGGGCGGAAAGGCCCCGGGCGGCGGCGGGUGGGGCCGGGCGGAGCCGCCUCCCGCACGGGGGAGCCCCCGGGCUCGGCCCAGCUCAGCCGCGCCUGCCCUCGGGGCAGCUGCCCGAAGAGCCGGAGAAGCUGCCGGCGGGCGAUGGAGACGGGAAGACACCGGGCGAGAGGAGGCGGGGUGGGGGAGGCGGGGAGAGCGCGGGGGCGGAGGCUGGCAGGGGGCGCUGGAGGCAGGAGCCGCCCGUGCGCUCCUCGCGCCCGAGGGUGCAGGAGGCUCUGAAGCAGCGGUCGCACCGCGAGCCUCCGGGGCCCGGCUGGCGGCGGGGCUGGGGGCGGCGGGGGGGGGGGCGCUGCCGCCGCCGGGGGCGUCGCCGGCCUCGGCCCCUUUGUUCUCGCGCGCUCCCCCUCGCCGCCCACUCCCCUGCUGUCGCGCGGCGGCGGCGGCGGCUCCUCCCGCCCGAGGCAGUCGGGCUCGGCGCCGGGGGCGGGAGGGGGCGGGGGGAGCGCGCCAGCCGCCCGGAGUGGGGGGCGAUGGCGAAGCUCCGGGUGGCUUACGAGUACACGGAAGCCGAGGACAAGAGCAUCCGGCUCGGCUUGUUUCUCAUCAUCUCCGGCGUCGUGUCGCUCUUUAUCUUCGGCUUCUGCUGGCUCAGUCCCGCGCUGCAGGAUCUGCAAGCCACGGCGGCCAACUGCACGGUGCUGUCGGUGCAGCAGAUCGGCGAGGUCUUCGAGUGCACCUUCACCUGUGGCGCCGACUGCAGGGGCACCUCGCAGUACCCCUGCGUCCAGGUCUACGUGAACAACUCGGAGUCCAACUCCAGAGCGCUGCUGCACAACGACGAGCACCAACUCCUGACCAACCCCAAGUGCUCCUAUAUUCCUCCCUGUAAGAGAGAAAAUCAGAAGAACUUGGAAAGCGUCAUGAAUUGGCAACAGUACUGGAAAGAUGAGAUUGGUUCCCAGCCAUUUACUUGCUAUUUUAAUCAAUUUCAAAGACCAGAUGAUGUGCUCCUGCAUCGCACGCAUGACGAGAUUGUCCUCCUGCAUUGCUUCCUCUGGCCCGUGGUGACAUUUGUGGUGGGUGUUCUCAUUGUGGUCCUGACCAUCUGCGCCAAGAGCCUGGCAGUGAAAGCAGAGGCCAUGAAGAAGCGCAAGUUCUCGUAGAGGGGAGAAGGCUCAUGGGAAGCAAAGCCCAGAAGCUGCACCCAUCGGCACACAUCUCCCUGCAGAGCCUGCUUCCUGGCGCAGGAGAUGGAAGGGGCUAUGCGAGGUCUCUGAGAGGCUCCAGCCUCGAUGGCAGCGGAAACAGGCACAGCUGGAAGACUCAGGACCGCAUAGAUUGUAUGCCAUGUGUCGUAGCGAUGGCUAAGGGGUCAAGCUCUUAACCUAAUGGAGUAGCCAUUUCAGAAAACUCUAUAAGAAGUUAAUUUUCUUUGGAAAGUAACAGUAUAUAAUUGUACAGUGUAGUAUACAAACCAUUAUGAUUUAUGCUGCCUAAAAAUAUUAAAAUAGAGUGGUCUGUGGUUUGGGUUUUUUUUCUUUGUUUUUGUUUGUUUGUUUGUUUGUUUUGUUUUGUUUUAAUUUCCUUUUUUAUGCUUGGAACACCAGGGUUUAAAAAAAGGGUAUCAUGGGCUUCAUUUGAUUCUGCUAGAUUCAGCUUGUACUUAGAGAUAAGGAACCCCGCACAAGUCUUGAUCUCACAGUACGAUCCCCACUUCCCACUGUUAAAGACUACCUUUUGACUCCUGCUUGAAAAAUGAGAAGUGCACUGUCAACUCAGUCUUCAGUCAUUUCCAUGAGUCUUCAUCAAGGGAUCCUCAAAGAUUGGGAAAAACCUCUCCUCCAACACUUGCCUUUGGCUCCCCAUUAUUUGUCACCCGAUUAUUUCUUAAGAGAGAGAGACAGUUCUGAACAAGAUCUUCCCUAGCUCUGUGCCCCUUUAGUCCCGUGUCCCUGUUGUGUUUGAUGGAUUUUUCUCUCGGCGCAGCCGAAUGUACAUGAUGUGAAGGACACUUACUUUUCAGCUGCUGUUUUUGUUCCUUUCUUCUUUGAGGCCAGAAAGAAAUAUUCAAAAUCCGUUCAAGUAUUUUGUUUUUAUUUUCUUUGUUCUCGCCCUUGAUGUUGUCGGUAUUAAAACGAGAACGUCACGGCAGUAGGGUCAGUUGGCUUGGCCGGACCCGGAGACUUACCCCGGCACCCACCCCUGCCAUCCCUGAGCUGCUUGCACCUUUCUCAGAAGUUCAUGGAAGAGACCAUACUGCUUUCCAUCUGUCCAUAAACUCAGAUUCCAAACAUCAGUUCCAGGUCUCCGUGAAUAUCACACCAACCCAAGUAUUCACCAGGUAGAAUCAAACCUCUGUUAGAGGAGAGGUCCACUUUUAGUGAAGGAACAACUGACAACCCGAUUUCUUCUCUUAAGUCUUCCAACAUGCUUCUGUUAGAAUAAAGGCAACUUAAGGACAGCACUUGCUCAGGGCUCUCAGAAAGACAUAUUAGAGGAAUGACAAUCUCCUGACUUUUUAUUCACAUCCUGCUGUUUCCUUAAUUUUAGAACACAAGUCACUGAGAGCAGCCUAGUCUCCUAUGGAAGGGUGCUGGACGAGUAUGAUCCUUUUUUCUAACCUCGUGUUACAAGCUGCCCUGUGAAAAAGGCCUUGAGCACGCUGUCGAUGACGACCUUUCAGGUGGCUCUGGUCCCUUGACUUCUGUGCUGGCUUUCUCUUGCAGCAUCCGCAUUGUCUUAGCAACACCGUGAUCCCUUAGGAAACACUGUUAUUUGAGAAUUGGAACCUGAGAAUAUCAUCAUCUUUGCACCACAUAGUGGGAGAGGAAGUCUACUCUAGCCAUUAUAUCUUAAUCCAAUAACCUCUGAUUAAUUAAUUACAGAGAAUAGAUCAAAAUAGUGCAGGGAUAUAUGUGAUGUGUUGGGAAAAAGAGAAAUGGAUGUCUACUGAUCUGAGUUUUCAUGUAUCUUUGUGAACACUCACAGGUUUAUGUUAAUGAAGGCCUCUUUUGACUCAAGGAGUAUACAUACCAGUAUCCUGUAUCCUGUAUGUUGGCUUUUGGAAAAGAGGAGAAACACGCUGAAUUCCUGAGGUCACCUGUAGCUUUAAGGUCUUACUUGAUUCUAGCUAGUUACGUUUGAGUCUCUUUAUACUUGUCCUUAAAGCUAAAAUCCAGAAGAAUAAGGAAAGGCCAUUUUU